AUGAUGCGCCGACGCGGUAGUAGCGCUCAGUUCAAGCAAUUUGUGCUACCUGUUAAGAACAAGGCAACACUUAUUGACUCCCAAAAUAAUGAAGAGGAUGCAUAUGAAGAUACAGAUGCUGCAAAAAAUCGCCUUGCGCUGCGCAGCGGCACAUCACUUUCAGUCAAGCGGCUACCUUUUCUUUCAUUUGUCGUGACAGAGCCUGAGCGACGUGCGCGGCAAGUACGACAACCAUUCAAAUCCCCAUGUGGAGAGGGCGGUCGUACACAAGAGAGUAAUCGUUUGCUAGUCACAAAGACGCUGGGUAUGCGGCGGCGCUGGGGCCCCGUGGUACUGAAGCCCAUGGUGCGUCACGACCUACCGCCAAUUGAAGUGGACGUUGACGAAGUUGACAUGUCCACUGAUUCGCGGCCUGUUGAUACUGAAUUUCCAGUCUCGAUUGCAACUCCAGAAGCCGAUGCGCCACCGCCAUUGGUGUUGUGGCAGUGUGAGACGGACUCGGACGUCAAAGUUGUAGUACCGGAGAUUGUAGGCAAGUUUUUGCGCCCGCAUCAACAGGAAGGUGUGCGCUUUAUGUUUGAUUGUGUGUGUCGAGUAAAAAGCUUUGAGGGAGAAGGAUGCAUCUUGGCUGAUGACAUGGGUCUUGGCAAAACUUUGCAGAGUAUUGCAUUGAUGUAUACGCUACUGAUUACGGGCAUGGACAUGAAGCCGACAAUAUCUCGGGCAAUUGUUGUGUGUCCUACGUCACUGGUGAAAAAUUGGGACGACGAGAUUAUCAAGUGGCUGCAUGGGCGUGUGAAGACAGUAGCGCUGUUUGAAGCAAAGCGCGAGACUGUGAUCAAAGGCAUUGAUCAAUUUAUCGAAGGAAGCACGAGACCACGUGAAUUGUCUCCUCAAGUUCUAAUCAUUUCAUACGAAACAUUUCGUAUGCAUGCCCAAAAAUUCGCAGAUACACCAGCGUGUUGCGACUUGCUUAUUUGUGAUGAAGCUCAUCGACUCAAGAACGCUAACUCACAAAUCAACAAGGCGCUGUCGUCUUUGGCAUGUCGUAAGCGUGUACUUCUAUCCGGCACUCCAAUGCAAAACGAUCUGGAGGAGUUUUUUGCAAUGGUCGACUUUACUAAUCCAAGCAUUCUUGGGGCGCCAAGCGAAUUUCGAAAAAAUUAUCUGGGACCAAUUUUAAUCGGCCGUGAACCGGACUCUACUGACCAAGAACGACAAGUGGCACAGUCAUGCUCAGCAAUGCUUUGUGAAAUUGUGAAUCAGUUUAUUUUGCGUCGAGGUAACAUUUUGAACGCAAAGCAUCUCCCGCCAAAACUCAUGCAGGUAGUCUGCUGUCCACUGUCGCCACUUCAAGAGCAAAUUUACAAACACUUUUUAUCAUCUAGUGCUUUCCGUGAUAUGAUGAACCGCUCAAGCUCGAACGUUCUAUCGUCAAUCACUGCUCUGAAAAAAUUAUGCAAUCACCCUCUUCUAAUUUUUGACGAGAUGGGAAAAUCCAAUACUAAGCUUCCUGGAUUUAACAACUGUGCUCAAUACUUUGCAGCAGCGAAGAAUUCCAAAGACAGCAGAGGCGGUGAUGGCCGACACCGACGAGGUGGAUUAGGAGGCCGUACCUGCUAUCCAGAGUGGUCGGGAAAGAUGCUUCUACUUGACCGCUUGAUGUACUCAAUGAGAAAGACAACAGCAGAUCGGAUUGUGAUCGUGUCGAAUUACACGCAGACAUUAGAUGUCGUCUCUACUUUAUGUCAGGAACGGCAACUUCCAUUUGUUCGUUUGGAUGGCACGACAUCCGCCAAGAAGCGAAAAAAGCUGGUCGAUACCUUUAAUGACCCGACAACAAACUCGUUCGCGUUCUUGUUGUCAAGUAAGGCUGGUGGAUGUGGCUUAAAUUUGAUUGGUGCAAAUCGAUUGGUGCUCUUCGAUCCGGAUUGGAAUCCUGCAACGGACAAGCAAGCUGCUGCACGAGUGUGGCGUGAAGGGCAAACUAAAAUGUGCUAUGUGUAUCGCUUUUUAGCAACGGGAACUCUGGAAGAAAAGAUAUUUCAGCGUCAAUUGUCCAAAGAGGGUCUUCAAAAUAUCGUUGACGAUAAGGAGGAGGUGAACUCGCUAUCGUCUAAGGACUUGAAGAGACUGUUUGUGUUUCGGAAAGAUACAAUGUCUGAUACACACGAUCAGCUGAAGUGCGAUCGCUGUCAAUGGAGAGAAGAUAGCCAUGCUUCUGAUGAUAAAGUAUCAUCUCCAAUAGUGAUCGAUGAUGUAGUUACUAACGAAAAGGGGAUAGAGAACAAGACAUUAUAUGAAAAAGAGAUCUCAAGUCAAGAGAACGCUACAGACAAGGGCUACCACCCACAAAUCGGUAUGCCGCCGGAAGAAGAUUUAAACAAUUGGGGUCAUCAUCGCUCAUACGCCUCUGUCGACGACGAGGUUAUGCAAGCAGCCUUACAGCAAGUCGAGAACGAUCUUGUUAGUUUUGCAUUCAGCUGUCGUAUUGACUGGGAGUUGCUCCAAGAGCAUCAUGCUGAAAACCAAAAAAAAGAUAUUAAGCGUGACCAAGAGCGCAAACGAAAACGUCUGGAGAUUAUUGAGGCUGCAAAUCACUGUGCUGAAAAAAAGAGAGCAUCGCAAUCCGUUAAACGGAAGAACUUAAAAAGUUUUGGCGAUUCAGACGAUUCGGAGGUCGAAUUUCCAGGGUCUGAUGGAGAAGAACUGAACGAAGUCCUGUUUGAAAAUGAUUCGAACGAGAGUGAAGACUCGUCCUUGUCGGGACAUCAACGUAGCCCCGCGACCUUUGAAGUUGACGUGUUGUGUAAUCCCAAGCCAACCUUUCAUCGUCCAACGCAAUCACUGGAUAAUCGUGUUGUGUCUGAAGAUAAAGACGCAGUGCCAGGUCAGUCAAAUCGAAACGUGUCAUUUGCGCUCGAGGUGGAUGAAGCCUCUUGGUCCCCCUCAAAAAUACAGACGACAAGCCAGACUUCAGAUUUUGAGGACGAGGACGUUUUUGUAAGUGACGUUCUUCGCGAUCACCAUACGAUGCGAAAUAAAGAAAUUAGCACGAGUGAUGUGGGUAGUGAGAAUACUCUUUCGGUGACUUGGAGUUGUUUGCGCUGUACGUUGAUAAAUUCGGAAACUAAUGGUAGCUGCUCAAGUUGCGGCUAUCGCUAUCAACGAUCUCGGCCGAAAAUUAUUGACCUGAGCGACGAUGAGGAGGAAGAAUGCUAG